CACGACCACGGCAGGACUGCGUCAAAAUAGCUGCGCGGCCUACGCGUAGGUCAGUUUCAAACUUUCACUGUCGCUAUCUACAAGAAAAUUUUCAGCAUGACUACCGCCACUUGCACUCAAAAUCACACAACCAACUAUAGCCCACACGACAGUAUCCCCCGAUCAUUGGGUGACCAAAACUCAAUUGAGUGGAACAGCUUACAGGACCGCAUGUCAAUGGAUGCUGCGAGCCACCAUAGUAGCCAGGACAACCAGGCGCUGGCCUUGAAAGCGCUGGAAUCCAAGGUUGGCGGCUAUUUCCACACCUUGAUCGAGAAGAUGGUCAAGCAGGAGACGAAUAUCGAAACCUUGAUGACGAAGUCGGACAGUCAGGAGGCGAAAUUGUCUUACCACCAUUCACUUAUCGAGGAGCAGGGGAAGGAUAUGAGAAAAGUCUUUGAGGACCUGGCAAAACGUAUUGAAGAGCUUGAUACAAGUAUCAUUACCAAACUUGGGGUAAUGAUACGAGGUACUAAAUAGGAUUUGUAAAGUCGUCGGUAUAUUGUACGUGAAAAAAAACACUGACUUUCACGGCUUUGUAUAUUUGAACCGCAGUCAGCGUCAGAACCAAAAGAUAAGAUAUGCAAAAUUUCAGUGUUUAGAACAGUGAAAGUGACAUUUUUCAGCGUUUUCAACACUGAAAUCAGAUUGAUGACAAAGAUCGUGAUACUGAUA